AUGCAAAGCGUUAAACAUGUUAGCAAUGUUAAACGUGUUAGCAAUGUUGAACGUGUUGUGAAUAAUCCGGGGGAGGGGAACGGCAGAGAAUUUGAAGGCACAAAAUGGAAGGGUAAUUUACUCCUUAAAGAAGCUGUAAAGGUAGAUUUGCACAAAUCGAACGAUGAGAACUUGUUUAGAGGCAGUUACGCUAAUGAUCCUUCGAACAUUGCCUUCACGAAGAAGAACUUGAAUCUGCUUUUUUAUGCAGAGGAGGAAAGGAAUUCACUCGGCAAUGUGGAUAGGGGGGAUGGCAAUUCACCCACUAGUAGUGACCAAGAAAAUUGUCCGCAAAGUUGUCACAAUAAUGUAUUAAGCGCACAGUGCACAGACUCAAAUGGCAACGCAGUCAGCGCAGACAAUGGUGAGGAGGGCGUUGGAAACUUCAUUCACGUAGGAAUCGGCGCGAGGUUCAGAGAGGACGACCAUGUCAGUGAUCAGUGUGAGAGUGACGGGGUUGUUCGCAAAACGGAGUGGUCCUGCGGCAUCAGAGGGGUGAGCAGCAACCAGAUCAUCGACCAGAUUAGCGAUAAAACCUGCGACAACGCCAUAGACUUGUCUAACCGAAGCGACAAUACCUGCAAUGGUGAUGACAUCGUACGGGAUAAUUCUGCAAAUAGUGGAUGUGACAAUGUUGACGUUGAACAGGGAGAAGCCACGAAUGGCAGCACGCACGAAAGAAACCGUCAGGAUGAUGUAUCUAGCAAAACGAACGCACGUGAUGAAGUCAAAGGUAGCGGAAUGCACGACUUGGAAGGGAAAAAUACAAGAAACAUUAUUAAGGUUAUGUACACGGAACGAGUGGAGAAAUGUGACCGUGCAGAAAGCACAAAAAAUGGAGAAUCACCGAAGCUGAAGAAGGAGAAAAUUUCUGUUAAUGGCAAUUUUGAUGAGGAGAAGAAGCAGAAUGGAGUCGUAAAAUGGGUAAAUUUCAACCAUGACUUUGACAAAUCUCCAACUUUUAACGAAAAAAUGGAGGAGCUGAAAUUUCUAAAAGAAAUAUAUGAGAGGGAAAAGGUGGACAGAGGAAAAGGAAGCGACGCAGAGGUGAACCCAAAUUUCAAAGUUACCACCAUUUCGGGGAAUCAAAAAUUGCCAGUGAGGAGAAAUGCUAAUCUAAAUUUUCACUACGGGAAGAACACUAAUUUUAACAGAGAAGACAAGGUAAAGACAUUUACCAGUGCAUUAUCUCAUUUGAUAAAAAACAACAUGGAGGAGCGGCAAAAGGGGGGUGAUAAUCCGUUCGGGACAUUGACCCCAACAGGUUGUACAUCCUAUGAACCCAUUUCUGCAAUUCCGAGUAGCUUCUCAGAAGAACAGAAGGUAAAUAAAAUAAACAUAACGUACAGUCAUCAUCAGGAUGGGAACAACGUAGACGGUCCUAUGGAAGGUCGCUCCAUCACGAAGGGGAACUGUGGCGAAGGAGUCAUCACGUCUGAAUGUGCAAGCGACAAAGGGAAGGAAAGCCAAUAUAUGUCUUGUACAGAGCAUGACGUUGCUAAUUCGGAUUAUUCCUUCAAUGGGAAGAUUAAUCUUUCAGAGGGAGGUGCAAAUGGUGAAGAGAUUAAUAUGCCGCGGAAGUGCCAGGAGAAGGUCACUUUUGCAGAAGGGAAUCCACUUUUUGAAGACUCCAAAGUGACAUAUGUGGAACCAUCUCCAGUAAGUAGAAAGGGCAUUUCUAUACAAAACAAUUUUGUGUUACAUAAAAAUGGAUGCGAGAGAUUGAAUCCCGGUUCGAUUCAUUACAGUCGUCGCAAAGAAGUGCACAGCGUGUGGUCAGGUAGAAACUUAUCCAAGGGGAAAAAUAAGUCUAACAAGGAAUUGCCCCUGAAGGGGUCCAUUAAGGGGAGCAUAUGUGAGAAUGAUGGGAAAAGGGUUGGCAGAAGGAACACCCCUGAGAAGAGGGACAAAUAUUCGAUCCAUGUGUCCGAUUAUUUUUCUAACCAGAAUGAUGACUAUACCAGCUACAUGAUGAGUGCAGAAGGUGCGCAGAACCGUUUGGCUAGUGAUGACCCGGUCGUUGUUCCCCCCUGUAACGACGCAAAAUGCAACGAUGAUAGAUAUACUAGCAGAGGAAGUAAUGAUCCCAAGAUGUUAAGGCAUGUGGAGAACCAAUUCGCGCGGUGGGAAGAGGCACCUGUCGGGCAUGAACAUAUCAAAGAAGACAUUUUGGCAAUCGACGAACCAUCAGGGAAGCCUCCACAGUUAGGAAAGAUAAAUAAGGAUGUCACUUUCAGAUGUACUGUACAAAGUAGCUUGAAUAGGGAAAGCACCGAAGGGGAGAGCAUUAUAGGGGAAAAAGCACUUAAUCGUGGUACUAAUAACCAACAUUGCAAUAGCACCCUUUUUUGCUGCCCCGUGAAGGAAGUCACCAACGCUCCUCCGAAAUGCUCUAGAACAACCACUCUGAUGAAUAAAUUAUUUGGAAAAGGAAAGAAGAGUCCAGAACAUGUAGACAAAAGGGAAAAGGAUUUUAAAUGCGUUGAUGAGGUAGCGAAAGAUAAUUUGGAGGAAACAAAAAGGAACUCGUUAUUGGGUAAAUGUUCCAUUAGUUUUAAAAAAGACAAAGCUGACUUGUUCGAGCUUCCCACCGGGGAAAAACGAGGAAGAACAUUCUCGUAUGUGUCAAAUGGAGCGAAUGGGUCGAGAAGGCUGUGCACCAAUUGUCCGACCAUUCCCUGUGAACCGUUUAAGAGGGGUGGAAGAACUGGUACACAAUUGUAUAAGGCACCGAUAAACUUACCUACAUACGCUGAUAGGAGGACAUCCAUUAGAAGGAACACCACUACGAUGAAUAACGCAUCUCCUACCGCUGUCCCUUACCCUAAGUGUGAGCUUAUAUGCAAAAUCCCGAGGAGAGCCUUCACGAGUUAUUUUCAAGGCAGAGAUUGUUAA